AAAGUACACAGGUGCGUCAGAAUUGAUAAAUGCACUCCUAACUUGUCUUGUCGGCUCAGUUAAGAUCUGAAUGAAUGUAUUUUUUUAAAAAAAUAAAUAACAAUUGCUAGGUAAAAGCUAAAAGUUUCAAUUAAAAAAGAAAACAUGACUACAAAUUGGGGAAUCGUUAGUGCAAGUGAAAUAACUCACGAUUUCGUCACUGCAGUUCAGAGUAUUCCAGAAGGAGGACAUAACUUUGUAGCAGUUGCUGCAAGGAAUUUAUCUGCGGCUGAAGAAUUCGCAACAAACCAUCAUAUAUCAAAAGCUUAUGGGUCAUAUGAAGAACUAGCUAAUGACUCUGAAAUUGAGAUCGUUUACAUUGGUACAAUUACUGCCCAUCAUUACAAUGUUGGGAAGCUUAUGCUUGAAAAGGGAAAACAUGUUUUGAUGGAGAAACCUAUGACGAUGAAUGCUAAACAAACGAAGGCCCUCAUUGGAAUUGCUAAAAGGGAAAAGCGAUUUCUAAUGGAAGCUAUAUGGAGCAGAUUCUUUCCUGCCAAUAAAUGCCUAAUGGAGCUGAUCAAGGAUGAAGACAUCGGUGAUGUAGUUCAUGUUAAUGUCAACAUGGGACUACCAUUUUUUGAGAGGAAUAGACUAAUGAAGAAAGAUAUGGGAAGAGGAACCAUUUUGGACAUCGGCGUCUACGCAUUAAAUGCAGUCACUACUAUUUAUGAUGGAGAAAAGCCAUCAAAGAUAGCAGCUGUUGGUCAUUUGAAUGAAGAUGGUGUCGAUAUUGCUAUGAACAGUAGCUUGUUGUAUAGUAAAAAUCGAACAGCUAAUGUGACGACAAAUGCAAUUACUCAGUUUCCCUGUGAUCUGGUUGUUAUUGGAACUGAAGGAAUAAUAAGGGUUCCGAAUCCUUUCUGGUGUCCAACUGUUGUCCAGACAGAAACCGAGACUUAUGAAUUCCCGCUUCCCAACACCAUUCGACCAUGUAUAUACAUUAACAGUUCAGGUCUCAGAUUUGAAGCAACACACGUUAGAGAAUGCAUUCAAAAAGGGAUGCUGGAAAGUCCUGUUAUGACGCACAAAGAUUCGGAAAUUUUGGCUGAAAUAAUGGAUGAAAUUCGGCACCAACUUGGAUAUUACUUUGAGGAAGAUUAAAACUUUAUCGCUGCUAUUAUUUCUUGUUCGUUGUUGUUGCUAUUAUUUUUGAUUAUAUAACUGAGGAAGGGAACUCAGUGUGAAAAUCCAAUACAAUUAAAUUUUAAAAGUUAUGUCAUAAUUUAUGAUAUAACUUUAUUAUCAUAAAUUAGAUAUUUAUCCAUCAUUUGACAUUUAUUUCAUUUCAGUUACGCAAUGGUCUUUAAAAUUUAUAUUUUAAUCUAAUCCAAAAUAAUAACAAUUAUAGGCACCAGAAUUGAGUAAAAUAUAAUUAAUUGCACCGAUCAAGCACUCUGAUGAUUACUUUUAAUUAAAAUUACUAAUAUAUUAUUAUGAUUGCUAGCAGAAAUCAGAAAACUAUAAUGAAUGUUAUCAGGAUUAAAAUGAAAAAGCUUGAGAAUAAUAUUACAAUGAGGCAUGCUUUUCUUUUGAAAAAGACAUUUUUUCACUAAACAGCACUUUACUUUUGUUCCUUGGCAGAAAUUUUACAAGUUUUCAGAAUUUUCAUUAAAUAACAGUGCAAUACACAGAAAUAUAUUAUUCUUAAUGUAAAAAUGACAGUGUUUUUAACUUCAAGCGCUCUCUUGAACAAUUUGAAAAUGUGGAUUAUCAUUGUAUUGCCCGAACACCUUUAGUUUUAACCGUUAAAUAUGAUUGCACAUAAUCAUGAUCAUAAGCAAUCUGUUUCUUGUAAUGUAUUACAUUUUGUAUAAUAUGUAAACAUGGUUGCUUGUAAUCUCAACUAUAUGUAAUUAUGCUUUAAUUAUAUGUAAUCAUACCUACUUGUAAACAUACAUCAUUAUCACUUGUAAUCAUAGUUCAAUAAAAGUUUUAAUCAUGAUUAAAA